AUGGGCACAGAAAGGCAGCACAGAUAGGCAGCACAGAUAGGCUGCACUGGUGGCACUGAUGUUACACCCUGAAUAUGGGUGUAACAUGCAAUCAGGGACGGACUGACAACUCAUGGGGCCCCCGGGCAAUAGGGGAUCAUGGGGCACCUGUGUCCUUGCCAAAACUCAAAAAAAGCCUAUGAAAAAGGUACCAUGGGCAUCUCAUGGGGCCCCCUACUGACCCCGGGCCCUCGGGCAGUGCCCAAGUUUCCAAAUGGUCAGUCCACC